UAUACUAAUUCUACUAGAACCAAUGCAAAAAUUGAUACAUUUUUGUGUACUCUUUAUCUUUUUGGAUUGAUGAUGUUAUAAUAGAGUAAAUAGACUUCUAUUGUGUGUUUCAUUGAAAUCAUCUUGGCCAGGAGCAGGAUGAUAUUGAAUAAAGCCGGGGUAUUUGUUCAACAUUUGAAAGCAGCAAUUUAUACUUCUAGGGCAACUUAUGCUCGUCGUACAUUUAAAAAAUCUCUUCAGCUAAAUAAGACAUUGCAACAUAGCCCACCAUUGGCUAAAUAUGGUGGAUGGCAAACAGUCACAUUGAUUCCAGGUGAUGGAAUUGGUCCAGAACUUGCUAAUACAGUACAAGAUUUAUUUAACCAUGUAGGUGUUCCUGUGAAUUUUGAAGUCUUGGAAUUAAGCGGUUUCAGUGAUCGACAGCAAUUAACAGAUCGAAUGGAGGAUGUGUUGAUCUCAAUUCAAAGAAACGGAGUUGCACUAAAAGGGAACUUACACACUCCAAUUGAAUCACCAAGUUUUAAGUCGCUGAAUGUUCAACUCAGAGUAAAACUUGAUCUUUACGCGAAUGUUGUUAAAUGCAAGUCAUUUGAAAACAUCAAGACGAGACAUAGAAAUGUUGAUUUAGUAAUGAUCAGAGAAAAUACGGAAGGAGAGUACAGUCAUUUAGAACACGAGAAUGUUCCUGGCGUUGUUGAAAGUCUCAAAAUCAUGACUGAAGAAAAAUGCUCCAAAAUCGCAAAGUUUGCAUUCGAAUAUGCAAGAAAAAAUGGAAGGAAGAAAGUUACCUCUAUUCAUAAAGCCAACAUUAUGAAACUGGGCGAUGGUCUUUUCCUGCGUUGUUGUGACGAAAUAUCCCGUGAUUUUCCUGAUAUUGAAUACAGCUCUAUGAUUAUCGACACUGUGAACUGUUGCAUGCAGCUUGUUGCCAAUCCAGAACAAUUUGAUGUUAUGGUGAUGCCUAAUUUAUACGGAAAUAUUGUCAGUAAUAUAGCGACAUCUCUAGUUGGUGGACCUGGUAUGGUACCUGGGGAGAAUAUUGGUGACAACUACGCCUUAUUUGAAUCAGGAACUCGAAACACCGGCUCGGAUUUAGUUGGGAAGAAUAUUUAUAAUCCAUUUGGCUUUCUCUUCGCCAGUACACUACUGUUACAGCAUAUUGGUUUUAAAGCUCAUGCCUCAGUUAUCAACAAAGCCAUUCUCAGAGUAAUUUCCGCUGGUCAGCACCUAACCCCUGAUAUUGGUGGAACAAGUUAUACCACAGAUUGCCUCAAAGCAUUGCGAGAUGAACUUGAUAAAGAACUACCCUUAGAUGUAGUCGUGUACGGAUGAAGCUACGUGUAUACUAAAAAACUUUGUAGAGAGGUGUACAAAAUAAUCAAAAACUUUUUCGUCAUUGAUAUCACACGUCUGCACGAUACCGGACGCAUGUAUCCGUGCAUGCAUGCAUGUAUAAUUUUUUUUCGCUAGCCAGUCAACUGUGGGAAAUAAUGUAAAAUUAACCUCCCAAUACUAAAAAAAGUUGUGAUAUGUACAUAUUGUGCUUUUGACUAGAUUAUGAAUAAUGAA